GUGUGUGGUAGUCGCUUUAAACGAUGGGGGGGGGGGGGUCUGGACCCCCCUCUCUGAUUUGAAUAGGACCCUCUGCAGACAGGCCGUGCUGCUUCUUUCUUUCCUUCUCCCCCUCCUCCUCUCUCCCCCUCUCUCGCUCCGCUCCGCUCUCGAUGUGCUCGUUACCAAAUGGAAGCAGAAGUGCUGAACCCCCAGGUGAUGAUGAUGAUGAUGGCGGACGUCAAUGGCAACAGUAAAAUCGCCAACGCGGAGCUCGAGGUGCUCAAGCUGCAGGAGCUGGUGCGCAAGCUGGAGCGGCAGAACGAGCGACUGCGCACGAGGGCGAACGCCGCGAACAACCGCUCCGUCACCGCCGGCCCUCGUGCGCCGAGCGCGCGGUCCUGUCCGCGCGGCGGCGGCGGCGAUCUCUGCGCAACAUACGGCGUCUCGAGUCCGACGCAGUCGCAGCAUCCUCCGGGUGCAACGGAGGAGCCGUUCGCCUAUUUCCACGCGAGCUCGGUGUCGGGCUCGGAGGAGGAGGAGGAGGAGGAGGAGGAGGAGAGCGCCGCCGCCGGAGCCUCCACUGUUUUGGAUGAGGUUGAUAUUUUGGACCUGAGCGCCGCGCUGCCUGUCGCGGAGCCCGAGAGCUGGUUAUAUGUGAGUCCCAAAGCCAAGCUGCAGGGCGAGAGUCUCCUCCGUCCUCUCCAGUGGUGCAGGCAGGUCCUGGACCACCCGGGGCCCGAGGUGGAGCUGGCCAAGAUGACCUUCUGUCACAGACUGGACCAAGCUAAGCGAUGGCGAGGGGUCUCCUCUGUCCGUCCAUACAGCUGCAUAGAGGGGCUCUCCACGCUCAGCUGCCCCGUCCUGCCUUACACUAAAUCUGCUGCACUAACCGAGCCCCCAGCCCCGUUGCCAUCACCUGGUCCGUCCUUUCUGCAGCCGAGUCUCCCGCGCAGGGCCAGCUGCAACCUCAGUGACAGAGCGCCCACCUUCCUAUCAAACUCCGCUCUCCACAACGUGGGUCGUCGGCAUGCGGCCAUCAGCCCCCAGUCUUCCCUGGACAGUGAGGUGGGUGUGUCAGAACUGGAGGACGACUCCAUCUCUAUGAGCUACAAACUGCAGGACAUGACUGAUGUGGAGGUCAUGGCACGACUUCAGGAGGAGAGUCUCCGACAGGACUACGCGUCUACCUCAGCCACAGCCAGCCGCCGCAGCUCCAGCUUCUCCUUACACUCCCUGAGGCGCAGUGAGAUGGAUCUGGAGGAGGAGGAUGAGGAGGACGAGGGGUACGACCAGCUUCCUCCUCCCCAGCCUCGACUGUUCCGCACAGGGUCUAUGCAGAGGGGCGGCCUGCCCCACUCUCACACGUUCUCCAGUAUCAGAGACUGCAGACGCAACUCGACCACCCCUCAGUUUUCACUCAGUGGACUCUCCCAGUACUCCGGACCAUGCAGCCUGACCACAGAAACACACACGGCGUACAGGAACAGCACAGACAAGCUACGGAGAAGCAUGCCCAACCUGCUCCGAGCUCCCAGCAUGCCCAGUGUUCCCAGUAUCCCAUGCCUGGCUUCCCCUGUCUACCCGCCCUCCCACGGCCCCUCCUCCCUGCCAACGAUAUCCUCCCUGCGGAGCAGCCAGAGCUUUGACUCGUCCAGUGGGCUUGCACGACUCCAGUCCUCCAUUCCUUCCCCAGGCCAGCUCAGUCAGCGAGUCCAGAGCGUGGCGAACUUCCCCACCACUCCCCGACACCCUCUGAAAGCCACGGCCUACGUGAGCCCCACGGUGCAGCAGGGCCCCGCCUCCACCCCUCUGUCCACCUCCGUUAGUCUGCACUCCAUCCCGAGCUGCGUCGCACUGCCUCAGCCCUUAAAACCCAGCAACAGUUUGGUACCACAGCCCCUUAAAGCCAGCGCUAACCAGCCGACCGCCCCUCGCAGCUCCCUCCCUCGCCCAGCCUCCUUUAUCGGAACGAGUGGAGUUCCGCGCGCAAGCAAAAUCCCCCCGCCCACACGCAGUUUGCUGACUCCCCCAAAGAGCAUGGCCGCCCUGAGUGCCCUGAGGGAUGGCAGCUGGAAAGAUGGCUGCUACUGAACCCAAAUGAACCAAGGUUCAAGACGUGCACAGGGUAAUGCUGCAAUGGGACCCAACUGAUUCAAGUCUUUGCUGUCAGGGGUUCCCACCCGGUCUUGGGCUGUGACCCAAGAGAGACGGACUGUUAACGCUUCUUAAAAUGAGAAGCACUUCUCUUCACUGAUGAACAAACAAUAGAGACUGAGAACAGUUUGGGUCCAGCGGGCUGGAUCUCUCCCUUCAUACCUGCUGAAAACACAGACUGACACACUAUGAAACAACCUGGCAAUAUUCUGAUAAUCAGUUGUUAAAUGUGAACUGGAUCUUCUUUGAUGUGUUUUUUUUAUUUUGUAUUAUUAUUUGUCUUUGUGGAUAGGUAAGGUUUUCAUGCAAAAGAAUGAAACUGUUUCUCCCGUUGAAAGCUUAGUAAAAUAUAGCCCAUGCGUUUAUACAUGCUCUUAUUGAUUUCAUCUGACUACUGAUGCGAUCUUUCUUUUUGUCAGUCUGUGACUAUUAUGAAAUUUAACCUGAAAUUGGAAUUUAGUUUCUUCCUGUGCCUGUUAAAAAAAGCUGUGUGAUUGAUGUCAGUUGUAUCUUAUUGGCUGGACCUCGUAGCACUUUUGAUCAGAUUUAUGAUUAACACUUAAUAAAUGAUCUGCUUAAGUUUAGGUGAAGUAUGGCAUUUGUUAAAGUGAGCGUGCACGUUUUAUCAGUGUUUGGCUAGUUUCUUUUCACUAUUGUUUACAUUACAUGCUGAGAUUUUUUUUUUAAAGUUCUUUGAUAAACAUAAUCACUGCAAUGAUAUUGCACAAAGAGCCCUGAUGCGUUUUAUGGAUGAAAAGGAUUUAAAAAGGUGGAUUUUUAAAGUGAAUUAAAGCCUUUCAAAAUAA